AUGCGCAAGCGGAGUAUCCAGAUCCUAGCGCUGCUGGCCGGCUCUGCGCUGGUCAUACAUCUCUAUGUCUCGCAAACCUUCAGCUUCUCGGGGACGGAUGGAGAGUGGUUUGACUUGGACUACAGACCGAUGGGCAACGACGGUCACGCCGCACACGAGCAACACCACGAGCAAGGCAUGGGACAGAAGAGGCCAUAUCCUCCGCCUAAACGGCCACCGCCUGGUAAGGGGACAAGUGGAGGUGUGGGCGGAGACGCGGCUGCCGUAGAGAGAACACUGCUUCAGGCCGACAUACGGAAACGCGACGCGGUAGUAAGGGCAUUCCAGUACGCCUGGUCAGCCUAUGCGACCGACGCCUUUGGAUACGACGAAUACCACCCGAUGACCCACAGCGGAUACAAUCUCGGUGGAGGAGGCGGAAUUGGCUACACAAUCGUUGACGCAAUUGACACCAUGCUGCUUAUGGACCUCAAGCCCGAGUACGCACAGGCGAAAAAAUGGGUCAAGGAACACCUGACAUUUGACCGUCAAGGUCAAUUCAGCACAUUCGAGACAACUAUACGUGUUCUGGGCGGGCUGCUGUCGGCGUAUCAUCUCAGCGGAGACAAUAUGUACCUCACGCAUGCGACCGACCUGGGCGAACGGUUCUUGUCCGUGUUCGACACCUCCUCUGGCAUGCCAUACUCGACCGUCAACCUGGGAGGAAAGAGUGGAGGCGGGUCAGCACUCAGUGUCAGCGAAGUCGCAACACUGCAACUGGAGUUCAGGUACCUCGCGGAAGCGAGUGGCCGUGAAGAGUUCUGGAGGCCGGUGGAGAAGGUCAUGAAACUUUUGGCCAAAGCAAGGCUCCCGAGCGCAUUGGUGCCGUAUGGCGUGAGUAUGUACGACGGGUCGUUCUCUCAGACGACGAUUCGUAUGGGCAGUAAUGCCGACUCAUACUACGAAUACCUGCUGAAACAAUAUUUGCAAACGUCUCAAACUGAACCCGUUUUGCGCACCAUGUACGCCGAUGCGAUGGCAGGCAUCCGCAAGUACCUCCUCAAGACGACGCCAGCAAAAAAGCUAACUUAUAUCGCGGAGCUUAAACCCUCUGGCGGCAGCAGCGACUGGAAAGCGCCUGAUGCAUGGACUCCACAGCCCAAGCAGGAGCAUCUCGCCUGUUUCCUUGCUGGGUCAUUGAUGCUGGGGGCCACAAAAGUCCAUAGGGUUGAUCCAACUAAACCUGUCUCUCGCCCACCGCUAAUGACUGAGUUGACACCAACUGGCCAAGCAGACUGGCAUGCGGGUGUAGAUAUCCUGGAUGGAUGCAUGGACACACUUAAUACCGCUACCGGACUUUCUCCGGAAGGCGUAACCUUCCGUACCAAAGAGCAGCCUGGCCCAAAGGAAUUCCCUGAACGCGACUGGUAUAUCAACGGGGCCCACCAAUACCAAAACCCGCCGUAUGACGCGCGGUACAUGCUUCGGCCCGAAAUCAGCGAGUCGAUUUUCCUCGCCUACCGACUGACAGGCGUCGAGCGCUACCGCGCCACCGCCUGGAAACUGUUCAGCGCGAUCGAGCGGUACUGCAAGCUUCCCGAGGGCGGGUACGCGACGGUGAUGGACGUCGACGACAUCAACGUGACGUACGACAACAAGCAGGAGACGUUCUUCCUGAGCGAGACGCUCAAGUACCUAUUCCUCACGUUCGCGGACGAGGCGGUGCUUGACCUGGACCGCAUUGUGUUCAACACCGAGGCGCACCCGCUGCCCGUGUUCGUUCCGAACAAAGUGAAGCCGCAGUUCAGCGAGAAGGAGUAUGUGCCCACGGGCAUGGCGGAUGAUUAG